UAUUUGAUUCGAUUACACUGUUCUGGCUGCGACAACCAGUUUAGCCUGUUCUUGGCGAAAAAAAAAAACCAAAAAACAAAAAAAACUCACGGUGUCUUUUCUUGACUCUGAGGCCAGUUAAAGAUUCAUCGGUGACAACCUUCAGCAGCAUUCACAGCAACGAUAGAUUACAUCCAGUAGUCAGCCAUGAAUCCUGAAUAUGACUACUUAUUCAAGCUGCUGCUGAUCGGGGACUCUGGUGUCGGAAAGUCUUGUCUCCUCCUCCGGUUCGCAGAUGACACGUACACAGAGAGCUACAUCAGCACCAUCGGUGUGGAUUUCAAGAUCAGGACCAUCGAGCUGGACGGGAAGACCAUAAAACUGCAGAUCUGGGACACGGCCGGUCAGGAGCGGUUCCGCACCAUCACGUCCAGUUACUACCGAGGAGCUCACGGCAUCAUCGUGGUGUACGACGUGACGGAUCAGGAAUCCUUCAACAACGUCAAGCAGUGGCUUCAGGAGAUCGACCGCUAUGCCAGCGAGAACGUCAACAAGCUGCUAGUCGGCAACAAGUGCGACCUGACAACGAAGAAGGUCGUGGACUACACCACCGCCAAGGAGUUUGCAGACAACCUGGGGAUCCCGUUCCUGGAGACCAGCGCCAAGAGUGCCACCAACGUGGAGCAGGCCUUCAUGACCAUGGCGGCCGAGAUCAAGAAGAGGAUGGGCCCCGGGGCCACGGCCGGCGCCUCUGAGAAGUCCAACGUCAAGAUCCAGAGCAAGCCGGUCAACACCUCGUCUGGAGGCUGCUGCUGAGAGCCCAAAACAGCCAAGCCCCCCUGCCCCGCCCCCCCCAGCCCAUGACCCAGCCCAAUGUUACCAUGCUCCACAGGAAGGAAGGCCGGAGGAAGACUGAGCAGAUCGCCGUGUAACUGUGUGUGCAGAUCCAACACCACAGACCCCCCAUGAGUCAGCAAUAGGAUGGUAACCCCCCCACCCCGGCCUCUUUGAUUCACACUCAUUCUGGAGAAACACAUGUAAACAGUUUUUAACCGUGUGUGACGUAAACGAGCUGCUGUUGGCGACGUCGUGCUGCUCUUCGCCGCCGCGCAGAGCAGCACGACCUCCGGCCAACGCCGCCUCCCAUGACGCACACGCUCAAACCAGCAGCGUGCACGCUCCAGCUCAUCACGCGCUCCUUCGCUCCAUCCCACCCACAGUCCACGUGCCUUCACGGCAGGAGAUCCACCACAUUCAGGCCUUGGCUCCACAUUCCUGUUGGUGUAAAUAUGUGUGUGCGCUCUGCUGGUUCCGUGUGCUGCGUCCGGGGGCGUCGCCACCAUCCGGCUCACGAUGAAUAUAAACUGUAUAUAUUUAUACAUAAAUGUAAGAAGUGAUUUCAGAUCGUGCAGAGAAGCAGUUGAAGCGAAUGACAUGAAACGUAGGUGGAAUUAGAAAUCUCAGCACGUGAUUGGUGGCUGCGGACGUGACAUUUUUGUGGCACAAUGUCUACUAUUAAAAGAAUGAAGGAGAUGUUUGAUAAGAUCUCGUCCCUGUGUUGUUUUUGUCCCUGCAGACUGAAGGAAGUCAUUUCUGUUCUCAUUUCAAAGAAAACGUUGGUCGAAAAGUGAAAUUCAUAAAAACUUUUAUGACACCAAA